AUGGUCUGUGAAGAACAGAAGAUUAUACCUUACGUACGCCAUGUGCAGAAGUUAUGUGAAAGAUUUCGUAUGAUCGAGUUCAGACAUACUCCCAGAAUACAGAAUGAAUUACCUGAUGCUCUGGCCACCAUCUUUUCAAUGAUUAAACAUACGGAUACAGAUUACAUCGAUUUUCUGGAUAUAGAGUUGAAAGAACAUCCAGUCCAUUGUUCCCAUGUUGAAGCAGAACCGGACGGUUUGCCUUGGUAUUUUGAUAUAAAGAAGUAUUUGGAGUCUGGAACUUAUCCUAAUGAUUCUAUGUCCAAUCAAAAGAAGUCGAUACGCCGUAUGACUCUCAAUUUCUUCCUAAGUGGAGAAGUCCUGUAUAGGAGGACUCCUGACUUAGGUCUUCUUUGA